AUGAAUGAAGUUACAAAUAUUUGUUUAUCAUCAUGCCGUAAAGUUUUUGUAGAAAGAAAUUAUAAGAAUGGUAUAUAUAAAACAUGUUUUACAGAACAAAUGCCAGAACAAUUACAUUCUUGUGUAUCAUAUGAAGAUUGGAUAAAAACUAUAAGAACUAUUAAUAAUUUAUUUGAAGAAUUAGAAAAAACAAGUAGAAAAAGUUUUAUAAUAACUAUAAUAACAAUUUUAACAUGUACAAUAGGAAGUAUUUUGGGUAAUAUUGAUACCAAAAAGAGGAAGAAAAAUAUAUUAGAUUUUAUACACCGUCAAAAUGAGGAAAUUUUUCAUCCUGCCGGUUUUCACAUAGAUAAUCCUUUUGAAUAUGGCUUAAGAAUGAUCCAAAUAUCCAUCUUGUCAACGGGAAAAAUAAUUGACCGUAUAAAAUCACAUAAUAAUGACUAA